UUCCUCAAGGGCAGAUGGCCUACGGCAUUCUUGGCCAUUACCGGUAUUCAGGCUCUCAUCAACCUGGCGUUUGAAGCCUAUGUGUUUGGGAAGUUCCAGCUGAGCUUGGGCGCCUACAUCACGGACCCCCAGGUUCAAUCUCAGUACAAAACGAUCCCUACCUUUUUGACGCUCUUCAUUUUCGGCUUUCUUUACGAGCUCAUCAUCGUCUUGGAUGCCCUGCGCAUGAAGAACACCAUUCAAAUUAUUGGUGUCUGCAUCGCCAACCUGGCGCUCUUGGUCUAUGCGGCCCUCCAGAUUGAGCAGAUUCAGGUCGCCUUGGGAAUCCUUGAGGUCAAUGGCGCGCUGGAACCGGGCACCACCUCAGCUAUGCUCUGGAGUGACAUCAAGGCCUACCUGAUUGCCAGUCCCGUCAUCAUUGCCGUCACUACCAUCGCCAUGGUCUACGUUGCCUGGAAGCUGUACCAGCAGUUUGCCUGGGACAUUCUCAAGAAUAUCGGUGCUGAUUAUCGCAUGAAGAAGCGAUUCCUUCACUAUCAGAUCUACAUCGCCUUGCUCAAGUUCGAUUUCUUCUUCUUCCUCGGCUUCAUCAUUCAGUUUGUCGUCGUUGUCGCCCAAAAGACCGAUCCCGAAUUCGCCCUCACCAUUGCAACCAUUCCGAUCACGAUUGCCAUUCUGAUUGCCGCCGCUUUCUUCACUCAGCGGGAAAACAAGCCCGGCAUGGUCGUCGUCAUCAUUCUCUACUUUGGCGGCCUGUCAUACUUCAUCUUCAAGCUCUUCCGCAUCUACGAACCCAGCCACGCCCAGUUCUACAUGGCUGUUCGCAGAUCCCUCACUGCCUUCGCCGUCAUCACCAUUCUGCUCAUCAUCAUGACCAUUAUCAACGCCAUCAUCUGCAUGCACAACUUUGGCGCAGGUCUCAAGGCUCACCUGAUGGCGCCUCGCAGGGAUGAGGAGAAGACGGACGCCAAUUCAUUCGGCAUGACCGACGUCAAGUCCCCCAUGCAGAACCGCAUGACGAUCGACUAA